AAUUUAAAAUCAUUAAUUAAUUUUGAAUAUGCUUAUUUCGUAUGAUUUUAAGGCUUAUAUCGUUUAGUUUCUUGGUAAAAUCAAAAGCAAAUGUGACAGCAUCAAAGCCUAUCAAAGCGAUCGGUUUGUGAGUGUGUGUGUGUGUGUGUGUGUGUUAUGGUUAUGAGGUCAUUCUCCGCCGGCGCAGGCGCUUUGUGCUGAAACCGUUUCUCUAUCUAACUGCGCUGCUUAUUUGAAAACCCCAAUAAUCGCAGCUUCGGUUUUCACACUGGGGAACGUAUCUACCUGACACUUAGCUACACGUGUAAUCUACCUGUAUUCUGUUUUUACAUCUACGACGUCGCUGUGAGGACUGCUGAAACGCCACUGACCGUCACUUGUCUUAUUGAGUAAUACUGGACUGGAACAAAUUGAGACUGUCAGCUCAUCCCGCCUUUGCCUGGACUGGGGAGUUUAGUGCCUGUGCCUGUUGUAGGCUGUGUGUGUUUGUUCCUCACCAGUGAUUCCUUAUGCUUGAUCAAAGCUGCACCCUGUGUCUUACAGGAUGGAUGGUGUGGACUUAAAGAGACCUGUAUAUCUACAUCAGCACUUUGUGUUCUGCUGCAGUGUUCAGUCCCUCUCCAUUUGUAAGAGAACACAUCUUGUCUUACACCUUCAGUCCCCAAAAUAUAUUUAUAAAGAUAGUCUUUGAGCAAUAAAAAGGGAGAGCUGGAGAUAGACAUUGUAAAUCUUUCUUUUUUUUCCUUUUUGAAGCACAGCUAGAUAUUGCUUAGAUAAGCCAAAAUGGCAAGCAUGAAAAUAUCCUUAUUUUAAUUUUUCAGUUAUCGUACCUCCUUAACUCUUAGUGUUGGUGGUGGGAUGUCGGAAAAGCCAGAUGACAAAAUGGUGAAGUUCCUGGCUCCCCCUCAGAAAAGUGGAAAUGGCCCUAGUUCUGGUUCAGAUUCAAUGGUUGGUGAGGGUCGGCCAGUGGAAGUGAGACGCCGGCAUCACACCAUGGAGCGCGAUCGAUGUAACCCUGAACACCGUUUUCUACGUCGCAGUGUCAUCAGUGAUUCUAAUGCCACAGCUUUGGCCCUUCCUUUACCCAGCAAGAUCCCCAUCCCUACGCCUCAGCUGGUUCAGCCACAGGAAGCAGUCCCCCAGCAGCAAAAGACUGCUGGUACUCACUCACCCAAGGCUGAACCAAGUUUAUCUCAAAAUGAGAAGUCUGUGGAUGGUGGAACAGAGGGAGAAGGAAAAGAUAUAGAAAUAGCCAGGGUGGCUGUAGUGCCUUCACAGCAAGAGCCUGCUAGAGUGCGUGACAUCUGUGAUGGAGAGGCAGUAGUAGCAGCUCACACGACACCCAGCCUGGAAACGGAAUUGCCAAGUCAAGUCGAACCUGAAACCGGCACUGAGGUGAAGGUACAACAUGAGGAAGGAGAGGAGGCAGAUAAGGACGCCAGAGCCCGAGCAGAGGCGGAGCAACGGGAAGCUGAGAAAAAAGUACAAGAUGACAUCGAGGAGGCUGAAACUAAAGCAGUGGGCACAUCACCUGACGGACGGUUCCUGAAGUUUGACAUAGAAAUUGGACGUGGCUCUUUCAAGACAGUCUACAAGGGCUUGGACACCGAGACCACUGUGGAGGUGGCUUGGUGUGAAUUGCAGGAUCGUAAGCUUUCAAAGUCGGAACGGCAGCGUUUUAAGGAGGAGGCUGGCAUGUUAAAGGGACUACAACAUCCCAACAUUGUUCGCUUUUACGACUCCUGGGAAGGACCCUCCAAAGGCAGGAAGUGCAUUGUGUUGGUCACGGAGCUCAUGACUUCUGGCACACUCAAAACAUAUCUGAAGCGGUUCAAGGUGAUGAAAAUUAAAGUGCUGCGGAGCUGGUGUAGACAAAUCCUGAAGGGCCUCCACUUUCUUCACACUCGGGCUCCUCCAAUCAUCCACAGAGACCUUAAAUGUGACAACAUUUUCAUCACAGGCCCCACAGGGUCUGUCAAGAUUGGAGACCUGGGACUGGCCACUCUCAAACGCGCAUCCUUUGCCAAAAGUGUUAUAGGUACCCCUGAGUUCAUGGCGCCUGAGAUGUAUGAGGAGAAGUACGACGAGUCAGUGGAUGUGUAUGCCUUUGGAAUGUGCAUGCUGGAGAUGGCCACCUCAGAGUACCCUUACUCAGAGUGCCAGAAUGCUGCACAGAUCUACCGCAGAGUUACCAGCGGGGUGAAGCCAGGCAGCUUUGACAAGGUGGCCAUUCCUGAAGUGAAGGAGAUCAUCGAGGGAUGUAUUCGUCAGAACAAGGAUGAGAGGUACUCGAUCAAGGACUUGCUGAACCAUGCCUUCUUCCAGGAGGAUACAGGCGUGCGUGUGGAGCUGGCAGAAGAGGAGGAUGGAGAGAUGCAAGCUAUUAAGCUGUGGUUGAGAAUUGAGGAUGUAAAAAAACUCAAGGGGAAGUACAAAGACAACGAAGCCAUUGAGUUUUCUUUUGACCUCAUCAAAGAUGUUCCAGAGGAUGUGGCUCAGGAAAUGGUUGACUCUGGUUAUGUGUGUGAAGGUGACCACAAGACCAUCGCAAAAGCCAUAAAAGACAGAGUUUCUCUAAUCAAUCUUAAGAGGGCUCAGCGGAAGCAGGUCAGAGAAGAUCAGGAGAAGAGAAGGCUUGAAGAAGAACAGCAAUCACAGCCCCCACAGCAAACAGGCCAACAGUCUGGCAUGGAGGCGACUCAGUCACAGCCCGUUUCACAGCAUGCGUCUUACAUGCCUCCACAGCCUAACCAACACAGCUCACAGAUGUCUGUCCAACCGGCAGCUCAACAGAGCCUUCAGACGUCUAACUACAACACUCCUCAAUCGCAGGGCGUUUCUUAUGUUCCCCAGUCAACUGGGCAAAUCCCAGUACAGAAUCAGAGCUUAGCUGCUGUUCAGCCAGAGUCCGAAGAGCCCGAGAGUGACCAGCAGCUGCAGCACACUGGAGGUGCUUGGGACAUGGGAGAUAGACUAGCAGGUUCCUCUGUUGUUUCUGAGGCUCAGCCCUCUCAGUCUGGAGUAUCCUACAGCUCUUCCACCAGUCAGACACAGAGUGAUCAAACGCAGCAACAGCAGCUGGCAGUGGGUGGUCAGUCUGAAGUUGUUCCUGUUCCAAAUACCAACCAGUCCGUCCCAGUGACACCUGCACAGUAUGGAGUUUACUACCAAUCAUCGCUUCCCCCUCAGAUUCCCUCCCAACAAUCUACAAUGGCCCCAUCUUCUCACCCGCAGCAGCAGUCAGAGAGCACCAGUGCUCCACAGAGCUCUGUACAAUCACAGGCACAGACAGGAGCUCAGCAUUUACAGGCUCCUGUGAGUGUUCCUCAGUCCACACCAGUGGAGCAGCCAGUGGGAUCUUCUUCCCUAGCACCACCGUCUGUAGAUAGCUGUCCGUCAGAUGCAGCUUCAGGUCUUAGUGAUGGCAAUGAUGGUUCUACAUCAGGAGGCCGCCAUGAGGGCCGCUCGCUGAAGCGGCAACAGCGGCGAUCUGUACGCAGUCGCUCUCGCCAUGAGAAGACGGCAAAGGCCAAGCUAAAUGUUCUUAGUAUCUCUAAUAUGGGAGACAGAGUAGCAGAGUGCCAGCUGGAAACACACAACAGGAAGAUGGUGACCUUCAGAUUUGAUCUUGAUGGAGAUAAUCCAGAAGAAAUUGCCCAGAUUAUGGUUGAAAGUGAGUUCAUCUUGGAGACUGAGCGAGAAUCAUUCAUUGAGCAAGUCCGCGACGUAAUUGAAAUGGCUGAUGGGAAAGGAGAGGGCAUGAAGGACAGCUUUCCUCAGAUGAGCGAGCUUCAACAACAACCUGAGUUGUCUGUUCCCAUGCUACCAGGUAUUUCCCCCAGCACUACAGCACAGGUGGUGCAUUCAGCAGGACGUAGGUUCAUCGUCAGCCCAGUGCCGGAGUCUCGACUCAGAGAGCAGUUCUUUGGAGGCGCUUCAACCAAUACCUCAGUUGGAGAAGAGCCUGCUACAGCUCCUUUGGUGUCAUUGGGCCUGUCUCUCUCUGCUCCCUCAGCAACUCUCCAGCAGGCCUUUAAUGAAAUAAAGCAGACUCGUAUUCAGAAAGGCAAAACAUUUGAUGUCUCUGCUGCUGAGCAAGAAUCAGUCACUCCCCACCCCGAGGCUGUCCCAAGCUCUAACAAUAUCACGACUUCUCUCGAGUCUGUAGCUUCCACCACAACUCCCACAUUUCCUUCUCUGAAGUCUGGUGCAGCAUCUUCGCCACCUUCUUCAGCUUCACCUGGGAGGGUUUCCCCAACACCAGUGUCUGUGCCACCCCAAACUGCUGGGAGUGACUGCAGUCCACCACCUCAGUCCUCCCAUGAAACGACCCCUUCACAGUAUCCAAUAGCUGUUAACGUCCCUCCGUCCUCUGUUUCUCCUCCAUCUACACAGCCCUCUGUCCCUGCAGUAAUUGGAUCUCAGCUGGGCAAUAGUUCUAUCUCCUCUGGCUCAUCCAGUACUACUGGAAGUGUUCCUGCACCAGAGCAGCAGCCAUUUAAUAGUGCUGUUGCAUGUUCUCAGCCGGUGAAUUCAUCCAACCAUGCAUCACAGAAUACAGCCACCCAGCCCCCACUUCCCACCAACCAAAGCCAAGCCCAGCAGCAGCCAGUGGAGUUAGAAGGGGCUGAGAUUCAGACCAAGACCGCUGGCAGAGAUGACAUCCAUGCCCUUGAACAGAAGCUGCGGUCUCUUUUUAAAGACCAGAGCUCUGCCUCCCCAGCACUGGAUUCCAGUCAGAAUGCAGGGACCUCCUCUCCUCCCACUGGGACUUCUUCCCCUCCACCCGGACCUGCCCCUGUGCCCCCUUCUAAUCUUCCCCUCACCUCUGGGGCACAAAGUGUUCUGGGCCCGACAACCACUCCAGGGCAGAUUGUAACUGUGGCAGGACAUGCCCAGACUCCUCCAACGAAGCCCAGAGCACAGACUUUACCUGGGGGUUUUGACCAAAUUUCUACAGCUUCGUCUGAUGUGCCCCCAUUUCCUGGACCAAAUCAGCAACCCCUGGAUAAUUUGGAUGCCCAGUUGAGAAGAGCUUUAAGUCCAGAGACGGUUCAGGGAGGCAAUGGUGUCAUUGUAGGACGUUUCCAAGUCUCUACUGCUGCCGAUGGUGCAACCAGCAGUGCUCAAGAUCCGUCCAGUGUCGUUUCAUCCUCUUCCCAGACGCCGUCCUCAACAUCGUCCUCCUCCUCCUCUUCUUCUUCUUCCACCUCCUCCUCUCCCUCCAGUCCAGAAAAUACCUUUCACCGAUCAUCUCCUCUGCCUAAAGGACUAACUGAAGUUAAUGCUGUCGAUGGGGGCUCUUCUGUUUCUGAGGGUCAGCCCACCACCAUCGGGCGCUUCAUAGUGUCCACGAGCACCAGUGCGACAUCUGAGCCAACCGCUGCCACUGGCUCUAAAGUGGGACGAUUUUCGGUCACAGUGACCCCUGCUCCAGCAGCUAGCUCCAGUCCAACACAUGACUGCAGCAUGCAGAAUGGACCAUCAUCCUCAACUUCUGAUUCUCAUGUCACACAUCCACAUUAUAGUAGUGGGAAUGAUGAUGACUCUGAGACUGAUGAUGAAGCCUUGCAAAAAGAAAUCAGUCGUCUGAGAGAGAAACAUAUGAUGGAAAUUCAGGCCUUGCAGGCUCGUCAGAAAGAGGAGAUAGAGGGCCUGUUCACUCGCAUGGGAAAAACUCCUCCUCCUUCUGUGCUCUCCCCUGCUGUGGCCAUGCCUGGAGGACGACGAAGGCUAAAAAGCAAAAGUCACAAAUCUGCUCGCAGUAGUGGACAGCCCAGCCCUGUACACUCAGCUCAGAGCCAAGGUUCAGAGUCCCCUCCAAAACAAAGUUCAGCCUCGGUAACAGAGACCUCAGAAAUUGCAGCAGAGUCUGUAACACGGUCACAGCUCACAUCCUCUCCAUCCAUGCCAAGCCUCAGCAAUUGCUCCACAGGAUCAAGUGGGAUCAGCUCCACAAAUGGUUCUGGCCACUUGCAGGCUGAGUGUUCUACCCUGUCCCAGGCCACUGGAGCCCAUCCUGCUGGCUCUAACACCCAGAAGGGUAAGGGGACCUUCACUGACGACCUGCACCAACUGGUGGAUAACUGGGCCAGGGAUGCCAUCAGCCAAUCCCAGGGGAAGAGAGGCCCUAAAACUGGAGCACAGGGAGGGUUGGGACUUGAUAUCAUCCCUCCAACCAACAUUGGCCGUAAAUUCUCAGCUCCAGGCUAUCUCGGCCCACCACAUCCCACACAUUCCAACACCACGUCCACUCACCUCCCCAACCCAACCAAUCCCUCUGCUUCUUUGGGGCCUCGCAAAGGCUCCCUGGGUCCAGUUGCCCAGGGGUACGGAUAUAGUUCAGUCUCAUACAGUGCUCCUCAGUGGGCAGGACCCACACCCACAUGCCAGAUGGUUAACCCGGGACAGCCACUAACACAGUACCAGCCAUCUACAACAACUCCAGUAUCUCUGCACCAAGGUUACCAAGUGGGAACUACAUCAGCUCCCCAGAAAUCAGUCAACCCUGGAGGGUCCAACCUGAGGCCAACGUAACCCAGUCUGAGCCCUGAUUAAGGCUGAGAUGAAGGGGCCACACAGGGCAGAGGGGACCAGACAGUCGUAGACUGAGAUCACAGGCUCUCUUUGUGGCUUACUGGCUUGGUAUUGUGCAUUUUAUUUUUAACUUUUAUCAUUGUGUAUUUUUUUUUUCUUUAAUAGCUGACCUGUGUGGUUCAAGUCCUCUCAGGCAGAACAAAGUCUGUCUGGCAAUUGGAGGGAAAGUGCAAUACACACCCACAGCACAAAAAGUCUCACAUUUAUCCUGCCAUUAGCUGUGGAAACGAGCUGUGACGUAUUGGCCCAAAGGCACAACGAACAGCAGCCAAAGAUGUUGCUGGAGAGCCGAUCUUUGAAGGGGAGAAGUUGGUGAAGGAUUGUGGUUCAUAUCCUUAUUUGUCUGGACUUUAAGCUGAGCUGGGACUCAAGAUUGUUCCAGUAGUCCACCACAGAAAUCUGUGCACACACAGACUAUACAUCGAACUGGUUGGGAUGGGUUUGGAGGGUAAGUUAAGUUGUCUGUUAAGGAGGAGAGAAUGUGAGUGUACAGAGAGUGGGAUAGUUGGUUUGUCCCUGAUGGAUAAGUACUGUGAAUGAUGCUUAGGAGAAGAAAGACUUGGAAAGUUAGGAGUGUGAUGGAGGGUAGCAGUAUGAAUACAUCCCAAUAAAAUUGCAAUAAUAGCAAAAUCGACAAACUGCCCCUUGUAACUGUGGCCUUAAUCUAAAAGAAAUACAUUGAAACACAUUGGCUUUGUACAUAGACAUUUCUUCACUGGGUUAUGAUUCUAUGUUAAACAUAUUUAUGUCUCUGUGAAAGUCUGGUGUCAUGUAACUCGAGUUGUCUAUCAUACAGAUUUCUUACACUGAUUUAUUCAUGCGAGUGGAUCUGCGAGAUAAUAACACGUGGUCCUGACGUUGACCACCAUUCAGAGAGUUGAAGAGGUGAUGCUGCUGUAGAUCACAAUCUGAGUAUUAGGUGUUAGCAGGGUGACCCCCCUUUUUUUUUUUUUUUUUUUUUUUUUGUAAGGGACACAUUAAACCACUUCACUUAGUGCUUAGCUGUGAGAUAUGUGCAGUUCAGAAUCUGCUUAUCAUAUCAUACAAAGUAAGAGUUUUGUCAGGAUAGUAUUUGAGGGUUUCACACUCUUGAGGGGAGCGAGACCACUUCUUAAUCCAUUUUUCUUUUCUACUCGGAUGGUGCACAGUACAUGUAUAAACAGCUUGUUACUGAUCUCAUACGUCCCAAAAUAUUUUUACCCAUAACAUCUAGCUGUGGCCUCUGAAAUCACAAGUGUCUGGGGUUCUCUCUUUCUGUGGUCUGUUUUUUGUAUGCGUAUAUUUAAUAAACAACAACGUUCUUUAUGGACUUGUAUUCAGCCAUCAGAUUUUGAUGUUGUUUCACUGUAAUUAUUAUUAAAGGUUGUUAAACAACAUGUAAAGGAAUAUUAAAAAAAAAGUGCAAUUGCAGGGUUGUUAUUGGUAUCAUACUGACCAUGCAGGAAUAAUCCUGCAGUUUAUUAAGCUUGUCUCUUUAUGACUGCCCUGCCCCCCUCCUUUUUUCGGCUUUUUUUCUUAUUGUAAAUAUAAUUGUGAGGUAAAUGCUUUCAGUUUGCUCUCACUAGAGUAUGUUCAUUGUGACCCAUUCUAAAUGCACAUGCACUCUAACCUGUAAACAUGAGGAACACUUUAGUGCCUUGCAUCCUCACUAAUGAGAAGUUCCAGAUCCAUCCAGUCCUGUAGCUGUGACUGUAUUACAGAAAACCAGUUUAUUAAACCAGUAUACAGUUUAAACACCAACAGAUGCAGCCAGCUCAGAGCAUGCGAAACUGAGGUAGGCGCCGCACGCAGGACAAAGAGCACACUGAGUAAAGUGGACAGUUUCUUUCCUCUCUACAGUUACCUUUGUGUUGGUUGUUCGAUCAGCUGUGUAUUUGUAUUUGGCACACGUGUACGUGGGUUUGGCCGGUAUUUGUUUUUCCAGAUUUAUCAUUAAACCUUUUCAUAGAAGAACUUGUUUGGGCAGUGAGCGAGCUGCGCAAAGGUUUAAAACCCUGUCGCGCUAACCCUACUUCUAUCUCGCCACCUCACGAGUGCCAUGCUGUCAUCGUGAUUUUUGGUUUUUUUGCCUGCUUGUAGAUUGAAUGAAUAGUUGAACUUCUCUAGAGAAAAAAAUAAGUUACUGCAAUGCAGAAUAUGCAAUGUUCAAAGUUUUGUAGGGACUGAGGGGUAUUGGACACAUUUGCAUGCUGAUGAGGGUUGUUACGGAUUUCAAUGUUUUUGAUAUUGGAUUAUUUGUUUUGUUUUUUUUAUUAUUUGCCUUUUUAUGAGUGUUGAUCUGCUCAAUUGCUAUUCAUUAAUAUCACAGGCACAACUUCAGUAUGAGACUAUCAGCGUAUGAGUUCUGCAUGCCGGCUUUACUGGUGUUUAAUCUUACAAAUGGCAGCCAGUGCACCACUGUACAGCACAAGCUCCCCACAAGAAUUUAACAUCCAUACGCUACUCUGCUAUAUCAGUAAUUAUCACAGAUCUCUACAGUACUGUUUGAGCCUACUGACACGCAGUUAUACUCUUAUUUCUGAUCCCUCCUUACUGACUUCCUGUGAUCCAGUGUCUGUUUUGUGUAUGUUUUUCACAUUGUACAAAACUUAAAAAAAAAAUAAAAGAUAAAUCAGGUAAAA